AUGGCUUUCAGAAUUUUAGCUAAAUAACUCCUGCAUAAGUAAUCCACAAAAUCACUGGCAUUAAAUAAAGCAUCAUUCCUGUGGCAGUAAAAUCUAUAUCAAUUUGCCUCAGUUAUUAAGCUUGAAAUGCCAGCCUUGUCACCCACUAUGUCUGAGGGAAAUAUAUUAACCUGGACUAAGAAAGAAGGUGAUAAAGUCAAUGUUGGAGAUAUCUUAUGUGAGAUCUAAACUGACAAGGCAACUAUUGGUUUUGAAAGCCAGGAGGAGGGAUACUUGGCUAAGAUUAUCGUCCCACAAGAUACUAAAUAAGUUACAGUUGGAAAGCUUAUAGGUCUCUUGGUAGAGGAGCAAGCUGAAAUUGCUUAGGUUGAUGUCGCAAAAUACACUCAAGAAUCUAAGCCAGCAGCAACCUCAUAAAAAUAAGAAUCUACUUCUUCAACAUCUUAAAGUCAGAGCUAGCCACAGUAGUCUCAUCAUGAUUUCGAGACAGAGUAUCACAAGCAAGAGUCCUCUUACCUAAUUGCUCCAUCUGCAGGUUUCUAUCUUAAGUCUUACUAGGUUUUACCUUCAGAGGUGAAAGCAUCUGGCCCUAAAAAUUUAAUCUAAAAAGGGGAUGUUCUCAGCUUUAUUAAAUCCAGCAAUAUUUAAAAGGGACAAAAAAGGGCAGUAGAUUAAUCAUCAUAAAAUCAAUAACAAUAAUAGGCUUCACAAACUCAGCAAUAAACAGUAUAAAAAGAGGAGAAGAAGUAAACUCAACCAUAGAAAUAAUAAUCAAAGGGAACACCAAAUGAUGGAACUUAUGAUAGAUUCAAUAUUAAGAAGCAAUCAUGGAAAGACAAUACAUUUGAUUCUUAGUCAAAAUAAGUAGCAUAAAGCAUUCAGCAUUCAAAGAGUAACCUUCCUCACUCUUAUUUGACUUCCACCUGCAUUGUAGAUGAAUUACUGUCCACUCUUUCUACCUAUGACGCCAAACUUACUCUUGACUUAUUCCUUGUUAAAGCCACUUCAAAAGCCUUAAGCAAAGUAUUGAAAGCGAAAAACAUUAACGUUUCAAGACUGGUCCAAGACAACAAGGAAAAGAGUGUGAUCUUCUAUCAAUAAACCGACAGAGUAAACACCUCUUAGUUAACUUCUCCAAAGUCAUCUUAGCAAAUUCAAGGCAGCAACUUCAGUCAGGAUGUUCCACAGAGCUUGGUUGAGAUCUACCAGGUCUCAAGUGCAGCAGAGUCUUACGCAGUCGUGAAUCCUUCAUCUUUGAUUUCACUCCACUACACUGCUCCAUAGAAGGAAGUAGGAAUAGAUGCAGCCCACCACUAACUCAUCCUAGAUAUUGAUUCAUUAGAAGAAAGUAAUUCUGAAGUCAAGCUAAAAACUCAAUAAAAAGUUAAACUCUCUAUGGCAUUUGACGGGUCUAAACUAGAUGAGGUGCAAGCUGCUAAGGUUCUUUCUUUAAUCUAAAGAUACCUCUCAGAUCCUGAUAGCAUGAUGCUUUGA